CACGUGGUUGACGACCAGCUCAUCUAAAUGAUCAAAUACAACAGUAACGCGCCAUGUUCAUUUCCCGGCUUCGGCUUUCAUUCUCAUUUUCCAGUUCCAAAAACGUCGAAUCACGACGACAUUUAGAUCUGGAUUUGAUUGAUUCAAGUAUGAGGUUUCUACAGUCACUCUCACCAGCAUAGUAUAUCUGUAGGCAAACAACAACGUUUAAAUUUGCAACCAUGUCAAGGAGGCCGGGGAACUUCCCCUCUCGGCGAGACAACGGAGGCGCUUUCUUCGCCUUCAAUGGCAAGUCGCGCAAUGCCCCCUAUUUCCCAAUUUUUCUUAUUGUCCUGGGUGCGCUCCUUAUUUUUGCCUAUUUGUACAGGGGCUCAGGAGAAUUUGGUGGUAACAAAUGGGCUCUUAGCAGGAUUGAAGGUGAUUUUGCAUGCACAGUAGAGGUUCAACGGGCAAUUCCAGUUUUGAAGAAGGCCUAUGGUGACAGCAUGCGUAAAGUUUUGCAUGUUGGCCCUGAUACUUGUUCAGUGGUCUCUAAAUUGCUGAAAGAAGAGGAAACUGAAGCCUGGGGUGUGGAACCAUAUGAUAUUGAGGAUGUGGAUGGUCACUGCCGAGCUCUAGUGCAGAAAGGCACUGUGCGUUUUGCUGAUAUCAAGUUUCCUCUUCCUUACAGGCCAAAAUCAUUUUCUCUUGUAAUUGUAUCGGAUGCAUUGGAUUACUUGUCUCCAAGAUACCUCAACAAAACGCUUCCAGAUUUGGCAAGGGUAUCAAUAGAGGGACUUGUAAUAUUUACAGGCUUUCCUGGUCAGCACAGAGCUAAAGUUGCAGAAGUGUCCAAGUUUGGAAGAGCAGCAAAAUUGAGGAGCUCAACUUGGUGGGCACGAUACUUCAUCCAGACCAGCUUAGAAGAAAAUGAAGUGGCUCUCAAGAAGUUUGAGCACGCUGCAGCCAAGAAGUCAUACAACCCGGGUUGCCAAGUUUUCCACCUCAAGAUCUUGGACGGAUGUUCUCACCUAAAAUUAGGUUUUACACACUUCAAUGAGUCUUGUAAUUUGAAACAGCAGGUUGUUUAGCUGUUGAUGUUAACCAAGUAAUCUUUGAAUGCAACUCAAUUUUCCAUU